AUGAAGAAAUUCAUAGUAGCUUUGCGGCAAUCAAGCAAUAUCUAUUUAUGUUUGCCAUACAGGUUGCCAAAGAACACGACUAUUUAUCGUUAUUUCUCGAAAACGACAUACAAUGCCCGCAAACUACGACAAGAAGAAUCCGAGCUCUAUUUAAGACUCACAAAGUCUUUUCGUGAGAAACUCGCCUCAAAGCCUCAGAAGCCAGAAGAUUUAUAUUCAAAUAUGAUAGAUUUCUCGGUACUCGGGCUAUUAACAAGAGAACAUGCGACGCUUCACAAUACUAUUUUGCGAAAAGUACGAGAUUUAAAGGAAUCUGCUGGAAUUGAAGAAUGGAGAGCCUUCUACGAGGAGGCGAGAGAUAAUGGCUUGGAUUCAAUAAUUUUAUAUAACAACAUACUAAAGGGAAUUAUUAAGAAUAAAGACUAUAAAGUUGCAGAGGACAUUUACAAGGAUAUGAGACAACAUGGAAUCUUGCCUAAUUGUCGAACAUUAACACUUUUACUAAAAAUUAACACCAAUAGCGACAAAGGAAGAGAAUACUAUGAAGAGAUAGAAAGGCUGGGCUUAAAGCCCAUAGGUUUGAACGAUAUUAACGUAAUUCUUGAACAUCUCAUCGCUCAAAAUCGUGCCAACGACGUAGAACGCGUUUGGAAAUCUUUAACAAGCGGCAAUACUGUUGAAUCAUUGGGUAUCGAUAUCUCACCAGACAAGUAUUCAUAUCUCCUCUAUUUAAGGUAUUCACUGAGAAUCAAGGACGUUAAUAAAGCUAUCGAUAUUGUUAAGAAGUUGGUUGAUAAGCAAUACAAGAUACCAUUAAACUUCUUCAUGCAACUGGCCUCGUUCUUUGGUUUAAACGGUCACCCUGAAGAAAUUCGACAAGCUAUCAAGUUAGUGAAAAGGGAGGAUAUCUCCGAGUUAAAAAGCCUGUUUCCGCGUAUUUGCAAUUUAAUGAUCAUAGGUCAUAUGAAGAAUCAGAAUUGGAACGGCGUUUGGGAUGUAGCAAAGAUAAGGAAGCUUUUGGAGCAUCAUACCGAACAGAUGGAAGAUAAUUAUGCUGCAAUGGAUGCACAUAGAAACGUUGAAUUGAACAAUGUAAGCCAAAAAGUGGAAGAGAUGGUUAGAUAUUUAUGGGACGAAACAGAUGUGGAAAAGCAAACGCUGGAAAGCGAGCAAGAGUAUGCGGAGGAGAAACUGAGUGAGAUUGGAAUCGUGCCCAAG